UACCAGCAGCAGCAGCAGCAGCAGCAGGCAGUAAACGUUUAGAAAAUUCGAAUCAUUUCAGCAAGAACAGUAGAGGGGCAAAGUCAACUCCGAGAUCUCUGAGCUAGUAACUAGCUCUAUGUUCAUUUCGAGACGAUUUUAAAAGGGAUGAAAUGUCAGGAUCACUGUGUAUACAGUGUCAGACACAAGCCACUGUGUUUAGUAAGACCUGCAACAGUUGUUUCUUUAACCAUCCAAAAGAGAAGAAGUUGUUACAAGCAAUGAAGAAGUAUGAUUACGAAUGGGGACACAAUGAUUGCGCCCAUUAUAAUAAUAGCUCUCAGAUAUUGACUUCCACAAAAGUAUUGCUCUACAAAUUACACACUCUAGGAUUUGUUCCCCUUCUCCUGCUUGGAAAAAGGAGACCGGGAACAAAACAUAUCGAUAUGGAUUCCUUUUGCCCUCACCCCCAAGUCAUAAAAGAAACGGGCUCUAUUGAAACAUUGAGAAACAUUUAUUUAGGUCUUCUGAAUGUCACACUCGGCACUGAGUCCCAAUGUCAGUGCUCCCCAGUGUCUCCAGAGCCCGACGGGACCCCCGCACCAGCUGAGGCAGAGGGAGCACCUACAACAGUCGAUCCUGUGGGAACCUCUGCAUCGACAGAGCUACACAGAAUACCCAUCUCCAUCCAACUGAACGUAAUACCCACACCAACAGAAACGGGCAUACCCAACACACUAAUCAAUCCAAUGGGAACCCCUACAACUAUCAAUCCAAUGGGAACCCCUACAACUAUCAAUCCAAUGGGAACCCCUACAACUAUCAAUCCAAUGGGAACCCCUACAACUAUCAAUCCAGCGGGAACCCCUACAACUAUCAAUCCAGCGGGAACCCCUACAACUAUCAAUCCAGCGGGAACCCCUACAACUAUCAAUCCAGCGGGAACCCCUACAACUAUCAAUCCAGCGGGAACCCCUACAACUAUCAAUCCAGCGGGAACCCCUACAACUAUCAAUCCAGCGGGAACCCCUACAACUAUCAAUCCAGUGGUAUUCCCGGCACCAACCAAGCGAGACGGAAUCCCCAUAUCUUUACAACUGAACCUAAUCCCCACACCAACAGAGCCAGGCAAACCCUCCACACCAGCCAAUCCAGUGGGAAUCCCUACACCAGCCAAUCCAGUGGGAAUCCCUACACCAGCCAAUCUAGUGGGAACUCCUACAGCAAUUGAUCCAUCAGGAACUCCUUCACCAACUAUGCCAGACGGAAUUCCCACAUCCAUCAGCCUGAACAAAAUCACCACACUAACAGAGCCAGGCAAACACUCCACGUCAACCAAAACAUUGGGAACCCCUUCACCAAUGAAUUCAGUGGGAACCCCUGCACCAGCCGAGCUAGACGGACUCCCCACACCAACAGACCCAGGCAAACCCUCCACACCAACCAAGCUAGAUGGAAUCCCCACAUACAUCUGCCUGAACGGAAUCCCCACAUCCAUCUGCAUGAACGGAACCCCCACACCAAUACAGCCCAAAAUCCCCAGACCAAUACAGCCCAAAAUCCCCAGACCAAUACAGCCCAAAAUCCCCUCACCAAUACAGCCAGGCAAACCCUCCACACAAAACAAUCCAGUGGGAACCCCUACACCAAUUGAUGAAACCUCUGACUCCUCUGAGCCCCAGGACCAAGAAAUGCAAAGGUCAAAAAGAAAAAUGUGGAGAGAUGGAGAUCUAAUCGAAGCUGAAGACAGUGCAACCACUCAAGCACAAAAGAGAAUAAAAACCACAGAAGAGUGGCUGAACAUGGAUACGGAUAGGCCCACGGUGUCAAGACAUGCAGAGGUAGACACUGAAGUAUUAGAUCAGCUAGAAAAACACAAAGAAGAGUGUCUGAACAUGGAUACGGAUAGGCCCACGGUGUCAAGACAUGCAGAGGUCGACACUGAAGUAUUAGAUCAACUAGAAAAAAGCAGCAUUGUACAGGCAACCAACAAGCAAACUUUGUGGGCUAUAAACUGCUUCAAGGACUGGCUGGCAGAGAAACAGAUGAUAGUGGAUUUUUCAACCAUUGAAAAAUCUGAAAUGAAUGUGCUCUUGCGAGAUUUUUACUGUUCUGUUCGAAGGGGUAAAGGUGGGGAGUAUUGUAUCCCGAGCUAUAUCGGAAUCCGGGCUGGCGUGAACAGAUUCAUUAACCUCCCUCCCCUUAGCAGAGCCUGGUGCUUGAUGAAGGACAGUGAGUUUACCUCCUCUAAUAAUGUAUUUAUUGGAGUACUAAAGAAAAUCAGACGAGAGGGCAGGGACAAAACUACCCAUCCCAAGGUGAUUAAAGCACAAGACCUUGAGAUUCUUCAAAACUCUACUGUGCUAAGCCCCUACACACCCAGAGGACUAGUGAACAAAGUGUGGUUUGAUAUCCAGUUACACUUUGGCCCCAGAGGAAAGGAGGGCAAUAGGCGGCUAACGCCACAGUCGUUUGUAAUAAAGCACGAUGAAAACGGAGCAAAAUAUGCAACGAUGACUUCCAACGAGGAAAGACCGAACCAUAAAGAUGCAGAAGAGCAGAACUGGCAGAAUCGCUGUGGAAUCAUGUUCCAGAACCCUGGUAGUCACCUCUGUCCAGUCGCCUCCUUGGAGAAGUAUCUGAGCAAGAUCCCGUCAGAUGCCACCGCCUUCUACCUCCAUCCUAAGAAGAUGGUCAUCACCAGUGACAGCAUAUGGUAUAGCCAGGAGCCAAUGGGGUUCAAUUACCUUUCAUCAAUGCUGCCCCGACUGUGCCAGGAGGCUGGUACAUUGGAAAAGUACACAAACAACUGCUUGCGAUCUUUGCGCGAGAUCAUGUCUGUCAGCAGACUGAUAGUUCCUUGAAAAGUUAUUGAAAACCUUCAAUGGACAACAGAAAGAGAUAUCAAAUAGGCUCACUGUGAGUCAAGGCAGUAACGCACUUCAGUUUUACUUCCUACCAGUGACAUCGUUUUGGUCUUCUACACAAAUGGAGAGCUUGACAAGAUAUACAGUCCUCACCAUUUCUAUUUGGACUAUGUAUUUUGACACUGAGGCUAUUAUUGACAUUUUUUGCUCUAUAUUCCAGCAUUUUGUAUUUUAAGAUGAAUGAGGCGACAGUCCAGAAUUUAACCUUUUAAAUUUAGAUUAUGUUUUAGGUAUAGAUUUUGUUUUGCGCUGAGACUUUAUUUUUCAGAAUUGUGGAGCCUUUUAAGCUUUCUUUUCACCAACAAGUUUUACUCUACUAGAAACUGUUUAACCAUAAUCGUCCAUUGAGGAAAUCUAAAGUUUAGGGAAAAAAUCGUAGCAAUCGCAGGAUAAUAGGGGGAAUAGAUUUUUGUAUGUAUGAAAAUAAUUUUUGGGGGGGUGACUGGAAGCAAUUUGAUGCUAUACUUCCAAGAUCUGUUUUUACACUGGUAGAAAAAAACAUGUCUCCACCACUUUGUAGACCAUCUGUUGUGGUAAAUGGUCAUACUUACAGCUGUUUAACAAAUGUAUUUGUACCCUUCACAUAGAAGGGAUAUUUCCCUUAUUUACUAGAUCUAUUGUUUAAAGGUUAUGUACCAACUAUCUAAAAUUACCCGUAUCCCCUUAAAUUCAAGAUUUUGAACUAUGUAUGCCUCUUUCUCAGAAAGAUAUUGAACUUUCAAAACAAUUUUGCAAGCUAUAAUGAUAGUGCAGCAGAACCUGUUAAGGUAGUAACAAGAAGCGUGGGAAACCAGAUGAGCCAAACAUUUGUUGCGGGAAGGGACAAAAGGCCCAAGAGAAGUUGUAAACCAUAGGGAACCAGGAAUAAGACACAUCGAGAGAACAUACGGGGUGAAACAACUUCAUCUGAGGGCUGAGAACAUUUUGAUGUCGAAUAUGAGUAAUAACAAGUACAUGUAUCCUAAAGUCUGUAGGCAUAGUGCACUUGAUUACAUUAUAAUGUUGGCCAACAUGCAUAAUUGUAGGCCACUUUUCCUUCCCGGCACUAGGGCUGCUGAAUCAAGUGCACCUACCGCUAACAGCGCGAAACACAUAAAAUAAAUAGGAAUGCAAGGCUUUAUCAGAGUUUCUAAACCAAACUGUACUGUCUUGGGCUUUAUCGUUGUUGUUUUUUACAGAAAUGCUUGGAGAUCACGAUAGACUUGUUGGUAGCCACUGUUGUAGCCUUUUAUUUGCGAGGCACAUAGGAGCAUAAAUUGAAAUAACUUGCCCCGAUAUAGAUUUACUGUUUCUCAGUAAGGUAGGGCAAAGGCCUGCAAACUGCUAAACCUGAUUAUCGGCCAAAAGUACAAUGAUUAGAAGAAUCCGUAGUAAAACCCGGACUCAAGAGGAUAAACUGUCUAACAAAAUGAAUAAUUAGACAUUCGAAACCACCUGUACCAUGAACAAAAUUGUUGGAAUGACCACACAAACUGAAAUUAUCAUUAAUGGGCUACAGGCAACCAUAAGUUGAAAACCACAAAUCAGAAUUUAUAUAUUCCAGUUGCUACUAGGAAGAGAAUAUAACCAUUGCGCGUUGAACACACCGACAGUGUAAUUGCAUUUUGGUACACCAGAAUUACAUUCAUUUCCAAUGAAAUGCUGCGUUUGCUUUGCAGUGCAGGUUUGUUUGAGAAUAAAUGAAAUACCUAGAGUGAUGAGUUAGGGAGUCAGGUCUACUGAGCUCAUAAAGCAUGAACUUUUAUUUUAUCACUGAAAAAUCCUUUAAAAUGGCAGUGCUAUUGCAAAGUAGGCUACAAUUAUGCAUGUAGGCUAACAUUAGAAUGUAAAAUAUGAAUGGCUAUGUCUGCGGACUUCAGGAUACAUGUUUUACUGAUUGCUAUACCAUACUGAUCCAUGCUUGCCGGCGAUGGAGUGUCAGGAAAUGUAGAAACGGAAGAUCCAAGUUCAAGUGUAAUUAUCCAUCUGGCUAGCUUUAGGCUUUCGCACUCAACAUGGAAAUAUAAUUGUUGUGAUUUGAAGUUGUAUUGAAGAAUUUAUUCAUGUAACACACCGACAGUGUUAUAUUACGAUGAGCUAUAAUAUAAUCACUAAGCCUAUGCUUUGCAUGCAGACUGUUAAAGAAUGUGACAAUGAGUAACUAUGAAUGUCGUCAGAUCGAUAUAAGCAUUAAUUACCUAAAGAUUUGGAUGUAUCUCUGUGCACUUCCUGCAAAAGAAAGUAUGACACUAGACAACAUUUUGUUUUACUUUUUAUUAUAUAAUUGAAUAUUAAAACAUAACGACUUGCAGUGAAGCCGCUCAACAUUCUACAUUACAUUCAGUCAUCUAAUUGACUCCCAUCCAGAGCGACCCACAGAAGCAGCCUGGGUCAACGCCCUGCUCAAGGUCAAAAACGGGGACCCGAACCAGUGACCUAUAAGCCACCGGCCCAAGCUCCCAACUGCUAGGACUCCAGCCCUCCAAGAUCCCCCACAGUUCCCCCGAAGGCUGCUUCUCAGCCAUCUGACCCCCCCCCCCCUGUAUUUACAUGUGUGUGUGGAUUUGAAUCCAAGUGUGUGUAUAUGCAUGUGUACACACGUACAAAACCUGCGUGACAUCAGCCUCGGGCAACCAGGCAUUACAUGUAACAACGUUGCCCCUCAUUGUCAUUCAAACAUCCUUUUUUUUCCCGAUAAUCUUUGACCGCCAUUCUAUCCCCCGCCCAGCAACUCUACUCCCACUUGUCUCCAAUUUCACAUCCCAACCCUCGGCUUCCCUCAGCCCAUCCCACCUAUUUCUGCUGGUCAACCUCUUCUGAUUUCUACGCGCCAUAUGUCUUUCAACUAUGCUGUGAUGUUUAACAUACGAUUUGAAUCUAUGUAAUCGAAUAGAAUCCACAGAUUGCGCGUUGAAUAUAAAUACUUUUACUAAUUGUAUUAGUAAUUGACUGAUCAGGUCUCCAGAUCUCCCAAAAUGAUAUUUCUAGAGCCAAUUUUAGAUUGUUAUGCUUUUUCGGCCAUUCCUGAGACCAGAAACAGGCUACUUGAGGACAAUACCAAAACAAAUGGUCUAUUGAUUCUGUAUCCUCACAAACAAAAUCUGCGGUGCUGCGAUGAUUGUAUGCGCCAAAUAUUCAAUGUUUUGUUGGUGGCAAGAAUUAUAUAUAAUAAUUGUAACUGAAAAGCACGACGUCUCGAAUCUUGUAGUUUUAUGUAUCAACUCGUACCAUUAAAUCAGUACAUCAAAAAUCUCUUCCCAGCAAUUUUGUUGUCUGUAUGGCACAGCUGUCAACAUCCUGGUCCUCAAAUGAAACUGGUAUACUUUCCUAUUUAUGAUAUUUGUAUUCCUCUGCCAGUUUUGAUGAAUUUAUUGAGCAGACAGACUAUUUCCCUACCUCCUCCCGCUGCCACCUGCCGCCUCAAUUUUUUGGGGAAAUGCUGUAAUCAAUUGGUUGUAAUCUUGGAUUGAGCAGACCUUCCCAUAUAAUUCUGAUAAACUCCAUGAAAGACAUUACACUACCAUUCCAAUUUACAAUGUAAUUUAAAAACAAAAUAACCUUUUCCAUAAAUACAGGUAUUUUAUCAACCAAAACAAUUGAGUUCAGCCAUAAUAUUUGUUGUGAGAACAACUAUCUUUUCAGGGGGGUGAAAUUGUAACCAGGUCUGCAAUGCUUGUUUGAAAAAGAGAGAUACUUUGAAAAGGAUGGCAUUUUCAAUUAAUCAAAAAUGAGACAUGGCAAUCUGCACAUAAGGCCUUUUUUAAACUAUGGAUGAGCUUUUCAUAGUAAUCUACUUGAGAACUAUUUAGGGUUCAAGUAAAACUUUUGUGUAAGUGAAGCUUUUAGAUUGUGGUUUAGUGCUUUUAUAUUUAAUAAUCUCAACCCACCCAGUUCAUAUUUAUUAUAUAGAUAGGCACGCUUUAUCUUGUCUGGUUUAGCAUCUCAGAUAAAGCAAAAUAUUUUUUGGCUCAAAUGAUUUGAAUUUGUUGUACACUUAACUUUUCUGGACUUAAACUUAUCUAGAUCUUCAAUGAGUUAUUGCAGGGAUCUAGCUUGCGGACUUAAUAUAAAACUUGAGUCAUUGGCAUACAUGGACACUUGUUUUUAAUUCUGAUUUUAAUAGCUAGCAUUUUAAAUGGCCAUAACGAAUAAAUAUGGUGACAGCGGACACCCUAGUUUAACUCCUCUUGACAAUUCAAAACUUUCUGAGAAGCAGCUGCUAUUUACUAUUUUACACCUAGGGUUGCUAUGCACUACUUUUACCCAUUUUAUAAGAGACUCGCCUGAAUUUUAAAAAUCCAGGCAUUUAUAAAUACAAUCCAGUCUUACUUUAUCAAAGGCCUUUUCAAAAUCCGCUAUAAAUACCUUGCCUGGCUUCAUAGAUGUUUCAUGUUGUUCUAUUAUUUAGGUAGUAGGUGUUGUAUAUUAUCUCCAAUGUAUCGUCAAUGUAAAAAAAAAAAACUGCCUGAUCGGCAUGAACAAUACCUGGUAAAACCUUUUUUAAAUUCUGAGUGCUAUACAUUUUGCUAGUAUUUUUGCAUCACAACAUUGAUGUGUAAGAGGCCUCCAGUUUUAUAUUUGCCACCUGGGUCUUGCUUUAAUAAUAGUGAAAUCAGACCUUCCUGCCGAGUACCUGACAGACUACCAUUUCUAUAGGAAUAGUUCAAACAAGCUAAUAAUAGAGCUUUGUGUGUGUUUGUAAAUAACUCAGCAAAAAAAGAAAAGUUCCUUUUCAGGACCCUGUCUUUCAAAGAUAAUUUGUAAAAAUCCAAAUAACUUCACAUAUCUUCAUUGUAAGGGGUUUAAACACUGUUUCCCAUGCUUGUUCAAUGAACCAUAAACAAUUAAUGAACAUGCACCUGUGGAACAGUCGUUAAGACACUAAAAGCUUACAGAUGGUAGGCAAUUAAGGUCACAGUUAUGAAAACUUAGGAUAUUAAAGAGGCCUUUCUACUGACUCUGAAAAACACUAAAGGAAAGAUGCCCAGGGUCCCUGCUCAUCUACGUGAACGUGCCUUAGGCAUGCUGCAAGGAGGCAUGAGGACUGCAGAUGUGGCCAGGGCAAUAAAUUGCAAUGUCCGUACUGUGAGACGCCUAAGACAGCGCUACAGGACGGACAGCUGAUCAUCCUUGCAGUGGCAGACCACGUGUAACACCACCUGCACAGGAUCGGUACAUCUGAACAUCACACCUGUGGGACAGGUACAGGAGGGCAACAACAACUGCACGAUUUACACCAGGAACGCACAAUCCCUCCAUCAGUGCUCAUACUGUCCGCAAUAGGCUGAGAGAGGCUGGAAUGAGGGCUUGUAGGCCUGUUACAAGGCAGGUCCUCGCCAGACAUAACCGGCAUCAACGUCGCCUAUGUGCACAAACCCGCCAUCGCAGGAACAGACAGGACUGGCAAAAAGUGCUCUUCACUGACGAGUCGCAGUUUUUUGUCGAAGAAAUGAGCAUUACCCCGAGGCCUGUACUCUGGAGCGGAAUCGAUUUUGGAGGUGGAGGAACCAUCAUGGUCUGGGGCGGUGUGCCACAGCAUCAUCGGACUGUGCCUGCAAUGACAACAAGCUAUCUCAAUGCUGUGUGUUACAGGGAAGACAUCGUCCUCACUCAUGUGGUACCCUUCCUACAGGCUCAUCCGGGCGUGACCCUCCAGCAUGACAAUGCCACCCGCCAUACUGCUCGUUCUGUGCGUGAUUUCCUGCAAGACAGGAAUGUCAUUGUUCUGCCAUGGCCAGCGAAGAGCCUGGAUCUCAAUCCCAUUGCGCACGUCUGGGACCUGUUGGAUCGGAGGGUGAGGGCUAGGGCUAUUCCCCCCAGAAAUGUCCGGGAACUUGCAGGUGCCUUGGUGGAAGAGUGGGCUAACAUCUCACUCCUGCUGCUGGGUUGUUGCCCUCCUACAGCCUCCUCCACGUUUCCUGAUGUACUGGCCUGUCUCCUGGUAGCGCCUCCAUGCUCUGGACACUACGCUGACAGACACAGCAAACCUUUUUGCCACAGCUCGCAUUGAUGCACCAUCCUGGAUGAACUGCACUACCUGAGCCACUUGUGUGGGUUGUAGACUCCGUCUCAUGCUACCACUAGAGUGAGAGCACCGCCAGCAUUCAAAAGUGACCAAAACAUCAGCCAGGAAGCAUAGGAACUGAGAAGUGGUCUGUGGUCACCACCUGCAGAAUCACUCCGUUUUUGGGGGGUGUCUUGCUAAUUGCCUAUAAUUUCCACCUUUUGUCUAUUCCAUUUGCACAACAGCAUGUGAAAUUUAUUGUCAAUCAGUGUUGCUUCCUAAGUGGACAGUUUGAUUUCACAGAAGUGUGAUUGACUUGGAGUUACAUUGUGUUGUUUAUGUGUUCCCUUUAUUUUUUUGAGCAGUGUAUAUAUAACCUUUUAUUUAACUAGGUAAGUCAGUUAAGAACAAAUUUUUAUUUACAAUGAUGGCCUACCCCGGCCAAACCCGGAAGACGCUGGGCCAAUUGUGCACCGCCCUAUGGGACUCCCAAUCACGGCCGGAUAAUUUCCUCCAGUUCUUUUUUUCCUCUAACUUAUUUUGUAUCUCCUGUAGUAUCAUUUUUAUUGCUAUCUACAUUACCUGUACUAUUAGUUAAUGUAUUUCCCUUGAUAGUCUUGUCUCUUUAGACAGAAACUGCUUUUUUAUUAUUGAUGAAUAUUGAAUGGAAUGACCUCCUGAAGGUACAUUUUAAAGGUAUCCCAAACAAUAAGUGGAUUUGCUGAACCUCUACUGUACUGGGAAAAAUUCAGUUAGAAAUGAUUUUGUCUUAGUUAAGAACAACUUGUCCUCCAGUAGACUUUGAUUAAAUUUCCAAUAUCCCAGUCCACGUGGAAAUUAUGUAAGAGUUAUGUGAAGGCCAAUUAGAUGAUGAUCCAAUUGCAUUCUGUCUCCUAUCAAUACUAAUUUAACGUUCGAUGCAAAAUCGAAAGAGUCAAGAACUUAGUCAAGAUGACUAGCUUGAUUAAGUCUCCUCCAUGUGUAUCUCAUUAGGUAAGUAAGGGUUUCUUAGUUUCCAAAUAUCCCCUAUUUCUAAUGUGUCCAUAAUAUUUGUGAUUUCCUUGAGGGUACGGUGAUGAUAGUUUGUACAGUGAUUUCCUUUACGGUUCAUUAUGGUACUUAACACUGUGUUAUAGUCUCCCACCAUAAUGAUUUGAUUGUUUGUUGCCUGUAAGUUCAAUAAAUUGGUAUAAAUAUUUUCAAAGAAGUAUAGAUCAUCCUCAUUUGGACCAUAUAGAUUAAUGAGCCAAAUCUGUUUUUCAUCCACUUUAAUUUUCUAAAGGAUCCAGCUUCCUUGCAAAUCAUUCCUGACGAUUUGCACAUUCGGAUCGACAUUUUUGUUCAUUAAUAUCACACCUUAUGAGCUCCUUUGUCCAUGACAGACAAUUUUCACCACCCCAUUCCUUUUUCCACGCAACUUCAGUUUCCUGUAAACAGUAUGUUAUAUUCCUUUUCUUUUAGCCACGUAAAGACUGAUUUUUUUUUAUUUUGUGCUAAGCCAUUACAAUUAUAACUGGCUAUACUUAUUUCACCCCUUACCAUAACUAGAUAGUAUUCUCAGUCUAUAUUUAGCAUAAUUAGUGCUUGUAAAGUUACUGCCAUUAGACGUAUGAUAUUUCAAAUGUCUGAUGUUUAGAAUUCAAGAAACAGGUUCUAGCUAUAUAUUUUUUAUUUUUUUUCCUUGCCUGUGAGCCAAUGCCACAGAUGUUAGAAAAUUAAGUCAAGAUAUUAUGUGUGUAGUAGAUCUGAGUAGGUUGAUGUGAUAUUGGAUGUGAUUUAGUGAGAGUGUGUGUGAAUUCUGGAUAAGAGUAAGACUAUAUAAUGUGUUAUGUCUGAAUAAAUAAUAACCCAGCCAAUUUCCGUGGCUGAGUGUAUGUGUGUGAGUAUAGCCUUAAUAUUCAGGAUAAUAAUUGUAAUCUAUAUCGUAUCACCAGCAUAGUUGCAUCAUUACAUUAAACAUAAUUUUCAUAGAAAAACACAUCCCAGCAUUUCCAUAGCAAUUGACGUGUCACAUGAUUAUGAGAGGCCUUUGCUUUGCUAUAGAGACGGCUUCACUACAUUACAAAUGCAUUUCACUGUAAGGUCUACACCUGUUGUAUUUGGUGCAUGUGACAAAUAAAAUUUGAUUUGAACUCA